GGUGGUGAUAUCUAAAGUGCUGUGGCCACCCCCUGCCUGGCUGACGGUCGCAGCUAGCGCACUGUCACGACGGAGCACAUUCUGAGCAAAAGGCUCAGGUUAUAUUUUUGGACUGCCAUGGAGACUGGCCCUUCCAUAUGUAGGAAGGGUGUAUAGUUGUGCUCAACAUGAGCCUCCCGCUCUGACAAUCCGGGCCGGGACAAGCAGGCAGCAGCCGGCCGACCCCCAAGUAGCAGUCACACAGGGGACUCCCCUGUCGGGAGUGUGUUGGUUAACUGUAAGAAGCAUAACCUGGGGGUUAAACUGCUCAUGGCUGCCAGUUAUAGCAAUGUCAAUGAACCAGGCCUGCUUUUCCAGCAGUACCCUCCAGCUCUACUGCCCAAGCCUGGCAAGGAAAAUGCUAGACUCCAGAAACUACUCAAGAAAACUGAGAAAAAAAUCAAGAAAAAAGCCGCCCCUGAGACCGCAAAGACACCUGUCCCUUUCCGCUCAAGCCUCUCUCCUGUGAAUGAAGCAAGCCCUGACUUGGAGCACAGUGACCACUCAACCCCUCCCAAAACUCCAGAGGCAUCCUUCUACACACAGCACCCCAGAUUUGCUGUCAGGCCAAUCUAUCGGCAUGUGGCAUCCCCUUACCCGCAGCAACGAGGAGCCACCUUUGGUGGAACAGCAAGGUUCGCCCCACAGCUGUAUGCUGCUCCAGCCCCCACCUUCCCCCAGUAUGUGGCCCCACUCUACACAUUUACUCCAACACACCCGUCAGCCGUUCCAGGGCCAGCCUUGCAUGAAUUGGCACCCAAGACGCCUAUGCAAAUGUCCUCUGUGCCUGACGUGACAACGACAGCUGCUGCUCAAAUUGCUCCUCCAGUCACUGCUUCAGUACCUCAUCCACUCAGUGCUCCAGUUGCUCCUGUCACAGUCACUCCUGUUGCCACACAACCUACUCUGCGAAUAGCCCCAGUAGUAAUACACCGCAAAAGUCCAAGUCCACGUUUUAAAGCUACCGAAGCUACACUAAAAGCACCCAAACCGAUGUUUGAUGUCCCUCAAAUUAGGGUCUAUACUGCAUCUAUGUCCCCCCUCCAUGAUUAUACUGGAUCAAAGACAUCCACUGCAGACGCAUUAUCUCUGAGUAUAACACCCACAUCAGAAAUCACAAGAGCUACAACACCAACAGCUGAAAUCAAAAGGAGUGCAACACCUACAUCCGGGGUAAAAAGAGGUUUAACACCGACACCUGGACUCCAAAGGAGUGCAACGCCUACAUCUGAAGUGAAAAGAGCUAAAACACCAACUCAUGAUUUUUUAACACCAAGAACUCCUUUAGGUCGCCCUAAGACACCCUCAUUUCAUGUGUCCCGUGCCAAAACACCUGUUUUUGAAAUAUCAAGAACCAACCCACUUUUAUUCGCUGUAUCACCCAUUACUACAGAGGCACAGAUAUCUAACACACCAACACCUGGUACUAAUGCUGCCAGUCAGUCUUUGUCUGACCCUUCAAAAUCACCUUCAACUAUUCUAGGUGAAAGAACUCUGAAUGGGGAAGUGACGUCGAAAGAGACUCCCACAGCUAAAUCACCUCCUCAGAACACUUCAAAACCAGAGGCUCCUCGACACGAAAAUCCUGUAGUUGAGUCUGCCAGACCAAAGACCCCUACAGAUCUAUUAGGCUAUCAAAGACCCAAGACUCCAACAAGUGUUGCACCCACAUUUGGGUACCAAAGGCCCAAGACUCCAACAGAUGUCACACCGAAAUCUGCUGCACCCUCAUAUGGGUACCAAAGACCCAAGACUCCAACAAUUGUCACACUAAAGCCUACAGCACCCACAGAUGGGUACCAAAGACCCAAGACGCCAACAAAAGAAACAUCAAAACCUACAGCACCCUCAGAUGGGUAUCCAAAGCCCAAGACUCCCACCAAUGAAGGGCAUAAACCUAUGACUCCAACAAUUGAGUAUCAAAGACCACAACCACCAGCAGGGUAUAAAAGACCAAAGACUCCCACAGCUGGGGUAUCAUCUAUAGGAUUUCAAAGGCCCAAGACACCAACAUAUGUGGAUCCUAAACCAACCCAUACCUAUUAUGGGUUGACUCCUGCUGCAUAUGUUGCCCAUGGUGGAAUCCAAAGUUUUUCACCUUUAUUUGGAAUAUCCAGGUCUAAGACGCCGACUCAAGAGGAAUCUAAAUCCCCAACACAAGAGCUAGAAGCAUCUAAAACACCUACCCAAGAGUUACCUGUAAAAUCACAUCCUUUGCCCGAGGUGUCAAACCAGGAAGUAUCCUCCAAAGAACUGGAAAAAACUAUUUCAAGUGAGGCCAUAGUAUCCACGACAGUAGUUAAGCUUCCGCUUCCAACCAUUGUUGUUACACAAGCUGAAGAGGUCUCAGAAACAAGAGUAUCCACAGCUGUGACCAGCAAAAUAUCAACUCCUGUUGCUGAAAUGCCAAAGGUUAAAACUGUGGCAAAUACAAGACCAUGGGCUAAAUCUCCAACACCAGAGGUUAAAACCCCAGUGAAGACACUAACUUAUGGAGUUUACCCAAAACCCAAGACACCCACCCCAGAAACCCAACGCAAGACAAUACCGCCUUUCUCAAAAACAGAAUCUCCUGUGGCUAAAGCCAGUGUGGUGCAACAGAAAGAGUUGAAGGAAUCAACAGAGCCUAAAAUGCCAACCAAAGCAACCUCUGAGGCUAAACCAGUAGGGACAAAGCCAACCAAUUCUUCUCCACUUGCAAAGAAUGCAUCUCCUGAGAAGCUUUUGUUGCCGGCUAAACCAAAGAAUAACCAGGAAGCCAAACCUGAAACGGUGGUAUCAGCUCCAACCACACCAUUGACAGAGAAGAAGGAAGAGAGGAAAGACUCUUUCCCAGCAGCUGAACCUCUUCUUAAAGUGAUCCAAAAGCCAAAGGGCAUGAUAAAGUCUAAACUCAGUGGUUGGUCACGACUCAAGAAGCACAUGGUAGUGGAAGAAGAACCACCUAUGUUCGCAGACUCAGAUCCUAAAAAAGAAACAGCGAAGGUGACUGAGCAGGAAGGAGGUGAAGCGAAAAAGGAUGAAACGGUGUCAUUUAAAGACAUGGUGGCAGCCGUAACGGCUGACGAUCCUCCCAAGGCAGCGAAGAAGUGGGAUUCUCUUCUCUUCGAUAUGUUCUCCACUAAAGAGAAGAUUAUGCAGGUAAUUGAAGCCAGCAAAAGUGAGGAGGAGAGAAAAGAGCAGCCAAAGGAUGCAGAGAAAGAAAUCCCAUCCUUCGCCCAUCGUCUGCCUGUUCUCCUUUUCAGCCCAAAGUUUGAUGCCAAAAGGCUGAGAGAGGCUGCGUCAAGGCCACUAACAAAAAUUUCAACAGUGUUUGAGAUGGGUCUCAUAGGGCGUAAAAAUAAAGACGAGGAACCAAAAGACUUUAACAGAACAGCUAGAGGGUUCACUUGUCCUUAAACCAUGUCUCUUUGGACUGGUAAAGAUUAAACUGAGAAGAACAUUUUGAAAAAUUAUAUUGUUAAAUGUUUUAUGUGCACUGGUGUAGAAAUGGUAGUCAUAAUGUACAGGUCCCAUGUAAUAGUCUCUCGGCUUGACACAGGAUACAAUAUUUAAGACAGUCUCAUAGAGAAUGUGGUCUUAACUUUAUACUUGAUAAAUGCACCAUGUUGCAUUUUGAGCACUGAUUGUUUUGUCGUCUGACUAUGUUUCGCAUUUGUGUGAAUGUCUCUUUCUCUGAUAAUAUGAAAAUAUUACCUUGACAAUCAGAGGAUAAGGGAAAAUGUUUUGUUGUUUUAAAAGAAUUUAGACAUCUCGUGAGAUUAAAAUGUACAAAGAUUA